AUGGAAUAACCUUAUCGUCAAAUUACGGAGUACUUAAGAAGCAACAUACAAAAAUUAAAACAAUUAAACAUAAAAGUAGAUAGGUAUUAUUUAAAUACAUUCAAAAAUAGAGGACAUGGACAACACCGAACACUGUAUCAACUGUUUUUAGUGAACGGCAACACCAUAUAAUUGAUUUAAUAAUAUUAAUACCUUGGACUUAGAGUCUAAAAUACAAUUCUAAAUUUUAAAUUGAAAUCCAAAAAAUUAAGCUACCUUAUUUUGCACAAUUUCUCGACUCUAUACCUUUCCAAGCAAAUUCACAACAAUCUUCCUGCACCUUUUAUGUGA